AUUCCGUCCGCGUGUCCAUAAGAAGGCGUCUCUUCCCGGCGUUUAACAACCCUCACAACUCUGACCUUCUCUCUAGUCUCUACACACCCGGUUCCAGCACGACGGAACUUUCCCUUUUCACUUCAAGCUUUACUGUGUAUAAUUAACGAUGCCGCGUUGCUGGCCUUUUCGGACUGUGACCCGCUCCAAGCAGGGAGCGGGGGGUUCCACAAAGUCGGGGAAGCUUAGCUCGACCUCCGGCUCCACAAUCAGCGCCGAGGCUGACAGCAACACGAAGAAGGAAGAGAAAAAGGACGAGAAGAAGGACGGAGAGAAUAAGGAAGAGAAGAAGGCUGAAGACAAGUCUGACGACAAGAAAGUCGAGAAGGAAGGCGACGAGUCCAAAGACGAGUCUAAGGAUGAGAACGACGACGAGAAAGAAAAGGAAAAGCCCAAGGUGCCGGUCGGGUCGGUGAGCGAGAUCAAGAACAUCUACAAGGGAGCCUCGGACGACGACGGGAAUUGGACAUGGGUCGACAAGUAUCCCGAUGAUGUUGAGGAGGCGGCGGAGAACGAGGAGACGGCGACGUACGCGGUCGUGGUGCGCAACCAGAAGAGCAAUGACAGCCGCAAGAAGCUCGAGGCUCACUCCAUCGUGGUGCAAAGCCCUCAGAUCAGGGCAGCGCUGGCCGAGAUCAUGGCAGACUACCCGGGAGUCGCUUGCGAGCUGACCAGGCUUGAGUUUGAGGCGCCCUUCCAGCCGUUUGUGCACCGAUGGGCCGAGUUCACCAAGUAUCUCGAGAAGCCGGACCUCGACGAGAAGACCAAGGAGCACAUGAAGCUGUUGUACGACAUCCUCAACUAUGAGAUCGGCGACAACAUCAGGACGUUCCAGGACUACGUCAAGAACGGCGUCGUCAGCUUCAAGGACCUGUGGAUGAUCUUCCAGCCGGGCAAUGUUGUCAUUUCGGCGCAUGGCGGCCCCCUUAGUGCCUUCGAGAUGGUCGAGACCGAGUACAUGGCCAACCAAUGCGGCAAGUUCCUCCAGGUCCGCUGCGACUGCGUGGACUACGGCGGCAAGGACUUCGGCCGGUACCAGGAAGCCAUCAACAUACCCGAGUUCCUCGGCACCAAGAAGAUUACGGGUCUGAAGGUGUAUCCGCUGCACUUCCACGAGGAGCGGGAAGCCGUCGCCGCCAAGCUGAUCAAGCGGGGCGAGAUGUUCCAGGCGUUGGCAGGCCACCACUAUAAGCAGUACUCGGGCAAGGCCAUCACGUGGAACCGCGAGGGCCAGGAGGUGGAGUGCCAGAUCUCGGGCCGUAUCGUGGUCGACAUCGACAGCUUCAACCGCUUCAGCCCAUGGCGCGUGCGCUACCUCAACGACUGGAACGCCAACGACCUGGACCGCUUCAGCAAGCACAAGGAGAAGAUGGGGCUGACGGACGAGAAGUUUGUCCUGCCGCCUUACUAUCAGAUGCUCGCCCGGUCGAGAACGAGGGGCUACUCGCUCAAGUUCAAGAAGUGGCUCGACUUCUUCGUCGAGCAGAUCACCGAGGUGCAGUGGAACAGCAACGCCUUCGAGCGGCUUGUGCUGCCGCCGGAUCAGAAGGAGCUCAUCCUGGCCUUCUCCGAGUCGCAGCUGGCCGGCAGCAACUUCGACGACGUCAUCCAGGGCAAGGGCAAGGGCAUCAUCUGCCUGCUGUCGGGCCCACCCGGCGUGGGCAAGACGCUGACGGCCGAGGCGGUGGCCGAGAGCCUAAAGGUUCCCCUACACAGCCUCUCUUCGGGCGACCUGGGCUCGGACCCGUGGGAGCUGGAGCGCGAGCUGAGCUCGAUCCUCGAGCUGGUGGCGCGGUGGAACGCGAUCUUACUGCUCGAUGAAUGCGAUGUGUUCCUGGAGGCGCGCAGCACGCACGAGCUGGAGCGCAACAAGAUCGUGUCCAUCUUCCUGCGCACGCUCGAGUACUACGAGGGCAUCAUGUUUAUGACGACCAACCGGGUCGAGGACAUCGACGCCGCCUUCCAGAGCCGCAUCCACGUCAGCAUCGAGUACCCGGACCUGACGGCGGCCUCGCGCCGCACCAUCUGGGCCAACUUCCUCAAGGGCUCGACCAUCAAGAGCUCGCUCACGGACAAGGAUAUUGCCGAGCUGGCCGAGCUCAAGCUGAACGGGCGGCAGAUCAAGAACGUGCUCAAGACGGCGCAGCUGCUGGCGUCUAGAAGAAAGAGCAGCACACUAGACCGCGAGUACAUCGAGACGGUACUCAUCAUCGAGAAGAAGCGGCCCGGGGCGCCGCAGCAGAUGAUGCAUUAUCUGUGAUCAAUUCGCUGGAUCAGGCCGGCAUGGCGUUGGGGACAUGGUCGUAAGCUGGGGGAUAUAUGACGAUAGGAACAAUAACGGUACUUCUAAGUUAGCAGCGUAUGCUAUCCAGAUGGAAUUGCCUACAUGGAUACAGGAAAGCGAAUAUUUUUAAAGGGGCAGGCGUUGGGAUUGGUUGGGAAUG